AUGAGCGAGCAAAAUCCCUUAUACAAGGCUCAUAUGCUCUCAGCUCAAGCUUCCCUACUUGUCAAACCCCUCAAAGUACCUCUCCAAUCUCUCGAACAGGCUCUCAGUCUAUACAAACAAGCAGAAGAAUUAUACUCCUCCUCGUCCGAUACUGUCAAAGAUGAAGGGGCGAAGAAAACUCUGGUCCUUUUGACGGCGCAACAUCGGAAUUUCAUCAAAGAUGUAGAAAGACGUAUCUCCAACAUUCCGAAAUCACCAACCGUCCCUGCUGAAGUACAAUACGUUGAUAAGGGUGAAAAGAAUGGUGUAUUGCCACUCGAAAACACACAAAUAUCAAAUGCGAAUAUACAGAGAACCUUUGAUUCGACCAUUUCAGGUAAGAUUUCGUCAUCGACUUCGCAAAAGUGUGAUGUUGAUAGUAAAGAACGAACGCUAUCCCCCACAAGAGGGAUACCUCCAUUCUCAAUUCGUCCCACUUCUUUCACUUCGACAGCCGUACCUGGGCAGGGACAAUCCAUACGUCGCCCGACAGAUAUGGCAACGUCAACUUUACAAUCUUCCUCUUCUUCUUCCAGUACAGACGAAUCUUUUGUCCAUUUUGGGAUUCCAGAUUCUUCGGAUCCGUUCUUACGUUUCUGGGGAAUGUUAGAGAACGCUUUGACGGAAGUUAGCAAACCUGUGGCUUUCGCUUCUAUGCCUUUGGACGUUCCUAGGGUUCCUCGUCCUGCGGGAUAUAGAGAGAGGAAGAAAUCGAUCAAGAAGAAGGGCAAGGAGAAGGGGAAAGAUAGAGAGACUGCUUCGCCGAAUGAUAGUUAUUAUGUUGUUUCAGCACCGGAAUCGGAGGACAAAUCGUGUGUUUCUAUCCGCUAUCAUGCCAUUAUCAUGUCCCGCCGCUUAAUGCGAUUCGCUUGGGUUCACUUUGGGUUCUGGAUAUUUGGUGGUAUCCCACAGAAAGUGCAAGCCCCUGGGUUAACAUACAGCACGUCACAGGGAAAGACGCCAGAAGAGUUGGAAUUGGAGAAUGUCUCCUUGCGAGCUUCUCUGGACGCACUCGCUUCUCACGCUCAUACGUUGGAACAGACUAACAAGAUGUUUCGAGCCCAAGCGGAAGAGAGGGAAAGGAAUAUGAGGAAUGUGAUGCUUGGUGUUCGUCGAGAGGCUGUCAAGGUGAAACAAGACCAAGAUCUCAUGCGGUCACAAUUGUUCGCAUCAACUACUCAGCCGCCCCGACAACCCCGUCUUUCAACCCUAGCGGAAACCGACGGAUCGGAAAACAGCGCUUCUUCCUCGCUCCAAAAACGGAUACGUGAUUUGGAAGAAGAGGUCAAAGGGCUGAGAAUAGAGAACGAGAAGCAGAAAGGGCAAAUUGACAAGUACAAGGAAAGAUUCGAAAAGAUCAAGUCGAACGCUCGUGAAAAGCGAGAUGCAAAGUUGGCCAAAGAAGGUCGGAGUUGA